AUGCGACACCUACAGCCUCGGAGAAUUGGCACUGUCUGCCAGUUUUGCUCUCCCACGCUCCCCCGAGCAGCCCGCGAACCUUCACUUGUACGCUCCCUCAACACCAAAGCAACCACCUCCCGCUCUCCUACGACUCGUCGACUUGCGCCGUCGUCCUUAAUCGGGGCAAGGGCUUUCGCUACCACUCCCUCUCAAUCCGAACCGCCUCAAUAUUCGAACGCUACAACUCCUACAAAAGCACUCCGGAAAUCCUCUACCCCUACGGAGUUGGCCAACUCGAUAGACGGAAGCCGCGAGCAGUUCUUGGCUGGAGUUGAGAAUAUCCAUGGAAAUCAAUUGGCCUCCCACGCCCUCCAGUCUUGUCUUCAAGCAGCAUCGGCGCUCCAUCCCCAAUUAAGGCGGGCUCAAAGUCAGGCACAGGCGUCGGCGUCCCGCCUUGCCCUCCUCGGCGCCGAGAGGACGGGAGCCAAGUUCGCCAUCGAUGCCGACCUCAUGGCGGCUAGCGACAAGAUUUCGCAGACAGCCUACCAAUUAGUCUCUCAUAAGAAUGUGGAGAUGACCUCGGAUAUUCUUGAGCUCUAUGUCAAUGUGCAAGCACAGCUGGGCCGUCCCGAAACACUCCCCGCGGUCUUUGAACUCUAUGCCAGCAAGCCCAAGCCUCAGGUACGCAACGGCGAGCUGCAGUACAUCCCCCAGAACCCCAACGGGGCCGAGAAGGCAAUCGAAAAACCUGUUGCGGACCUGGCCCUGGCCACAGCAAUCGACGCCAGAAAUCUUGAUGCCGCCCUAGGCAUCACCGAGGCUGCAUUCUGCGUUAAAGCAUUCAAGCGCCAGAAGCUGCUGAAGAACGCCACGGCCCCUGCUAUCGGUCUUGCCUCGCUUCCCUUCGGAAUCUAUGGCCUGGCCACUGCCUAUGCCACGUACUGGCAAAACACCAUGGAUGUCACUACAGCCACAGGUGUUGGUAUAGCAGGUAUCUCCGGAUAUUUCUUCGUCACGGGAGGUCUAGGAAUAAUUGCCAAGCUCAGUGCCAAGGAACAGAUGCGCCGCGUGACAUGGUUGCCCGGAACACCGCUUCGCUUUCGGUGGAUGAGGGAGGAAGAGAGAGAAGCCUUGGACAAGAUUGCAUGCGCGUGGGGAUUCAAGGAGUCAUGGAGGCACGGAGAGGAAUCGGGUCCGGAUUGGGAAGGCUUGAGAGAGUAUAUGGGAUACAGGCAGAUGAUCCUAGAUCGGGUAGAGUUCAUGGAGGGUAUGAACUAA